UUGAAAACAAAUUUUUAUUUACUUAUGUCUACCAAAAUUGAUUCUCCGCCAGUUGAAAACUGGAAUACAGAUACCCUUAUCUCCUUUUUACGAAGACAGGACCUAAAAUUCGACAACGAUGACUUUGAAAUUCUUCGCAGAGAAAAAAUUACUGGUUUUGAUUUCACUAACAUGACUAAAGAAGAGUUUGAACGUUGUGGAUUGAAAAUUGGUCCAUCAAGAAGAUUAGUGGAAAUAGCCGUGGCAUUCAAAAGCCGAUCCAAGUGUUCGUUCUCAUACCAUAGCUUGAAAGAAGUUUUAAAAGAAUACAAAAUUUUAUCAGGAACUUACCCACUUAAGGGUGACGAUAAGAACAUUAAUUAUGUGUUACCGGGAACUUAUUCGCUCAAAGAUGACGCUUCUACAGUGUUUCCAUUAUCCAAGAAAUCCGUAGGUACACAAACAACAAAUGUUUCCGAUGACCCAAAGAGUUUAACUUACAUAAUUCAGGGCUUAAUAUCUGGAAGCAUUGCAUAUUUUCCCCUUGAUGAAAGAGUAGUCUUCAAAAAUGGUACAACAGAGGGUAUAUGCAAAAUUAGUAGUGGGGAUCCUCGAUUGUCAAGUGUGUCGCUGUAUUGUGAGUACAAGCUCGGAAAAACCUAUAUUCAUCAACCGCCACCGAAUUUUUCGGGAUAUCCUAUAGCUCUAAAGAGUCCGUUUUCUUCGAUCGGAACGAUUAUUACGGGACUCGAUCAUAGCAAGACAAAGUUGAUUGAUAACAUUAAUUAUGUUAUUGAGUUUGUUGAAAUACCUGGCUUUGAAGAGUUCGUCAAAUCUAGCCGUAACAUUUCUAGCUCUUCUACGUUGACGACAACGGUCGCGACGCAGACAAAGCCUAUCGUUGAGGAUACCAAAGCACUAACGUAUAUUGCGAAAGGUAUAAUGUUCAAGAGCAUUUGUUGGUUCCCCAGCUGGGAUGAACAAGAAGCAUUCCGCUUUGGAAAAGUGAAGGGCACUCUGCGACUAGUCAGCACUAAUCCCAAACUAGCGAGCAUAACACUAACAUGCAAUUACCAGCUUGCGAAAUCUUUAUGUUGUUUUCAGGGUGAUAUUGGGUAUCCAAUGAUCGUGAGUUGUUCAUAUGGAAGUGUUAAGACUCUUCUCACACAGGAUAAGAAGAAAAUUAUGGAUAACAGUAAUUUUAGAUUAACAUUUCUUUCGUAAAGAUCUUUUUGGAAGAAUGUAUGAUAUCGAUUGAUUUUUACAAAAUAUGGCAAGCUUGAACUUGUGAAAAAAAAAUAUUC